CAGAAUCCCACCUUCAAAAUUCCAGAGAGGAACAGCUCACAUUUGCCAAUCGCAGACGUGCUUGAAUUGCUUGUUUAUGUCUUGAUUUCAGUGAAUUGAAGCAGAUUAGCUUGGCAGUUCUUCCACUAAUGCCCCAGCAUUCAUGGCGUGCAUUGCAUGCAACAGGUCUUUGAGCUCAGCCCUUGCGAGGAUCUCACAGACGUCCCCCCCGCACCAUAAAAACCCUCAGGUUGUCGCCGCUGCUCGCCUCCCUACCCAUGCCCACUCCAAAGGCAAGGCCUUCCAAAGAAGAGGUAAGCAAUGUGCGCAAUCACUAAGCAGAAUGAACGGCUUAAUUGCCAGUAGCUCGUUUGCAGACAUCACUGAGUUGACAAGUGCGGGGCUGUGCGAUGUCGGCACAUCGGCGCCGCUCUUGGGCCGGAGGCGCGGGCGUACUUUUGCCAGUGCGAGCGAGGGGGGGCGGGCGGAGGAGGAUGCGAGCGGCAAGACGGCUAAGAUUGUGGUGGCUGCUGCGAUGACGACGGCACUGGCAGUGGCGAAUAGAGUACUUUACAAAGUGGCCUUGGUUCCCCUGAAUGAGUAUCCAUUCUUUCUGGCGCAGCUAACAACGUUUGGUUACGUCCUGGUUUACUUCUCGGUCCUGGCAGCGCGCAAGCGCAUGGGCAUCGUGACGGACGAAAUGCUCGCCAUUCCAAAGAAGCGCUUUGUGGCGAUGGGCGCCCUCGAAGCGGUGUCACUUGCGAUGGGCAUGGUAGCAGCCACGAAAUUGCCCGGCGCAAUCAUUCCGAUCCUGUCACAGACUUUCAUCAUCUGGCAACUAUCGCUGUCCUCCCUCAUCCUUGGAACCCGGUACCAACCGGGACAGCUUUUUGGCGCGCUUCUCGUGUUGGCUGGUGUGGUCAUCGUCGUUGCGAGCGGGAACGACGCGGGGUCUGCUUUCCAGGAGGCCGGGAAGCUAUACCCCGCUCUGUAUACGCUAUCCACCGUGUUUCCAGCGGCCUCAACUAUUCUGAAGGAGGGUGUGUUUAAAGAGGCCAAGGAAAAACUGAAGGGCAGUGACCUGGACCUGUUCGUCGUCAACUCGUUUGGGUCCGGCUUCCAGGCCAUAUUUGUCCUUUUGCUCCUCCCUUUCUUGUCCGGCAUCAAGGGGAUCCCCUUCUCCCAGCUCCCGUCAUACCUGAAAGCGGGCACUGCCUGCUUCUUCAACACAGGCGACGCGGUCGGCUGCGACGGGGCGCCUUGGCUGCCCUUCUUGUACGUGGCAAGCAACCUGGCGUUUAAUGUGUCGGCGCUCAACCUGCUCAAGAUGUCGUCAGCAAUUGUGUCAUCAUUGACCAUGACGUUAGCAGUGCCGUUGACCAUCUUUGCGUUUACGUUCCCAAUCCCGUACUUAGGAUCGCCCGCACCUCUUCCCCCGGGCUUCGCAAUCGGAUCCGCCGUGCUGAUUCUAGGUUUGCUCGCAUACAACGUUUCCAAGCGGAAAUAGCAUUGGGUGGGCGAAGCUCGACUAUCAUUCUUUUAGCAUGUUUGAUACUUGUCCAUCUGACCUGAGACACAGGUCAGAUGGGCGAUUCAAAUUUGAACAGAUGUACUUGGUGUUACAGAGCUUCCUUACUCAGUAGUGGCUUAGUGGUAGGCUCCUGGUAGACAAAUGUGCACGCUGAGGUUUUUUUAACACUUUUUCUUGCAAUGAUACUUGCAGGGACCUAAGUUAAUGUGUAGACAAGUACUAUCUUCAAUCGUGCAUUUAUACCUUCUCCCUCAUACGGUAUCUCAAGGAGCUAGCUGCUAGUGGUCUCAGUUGCACCCAGUGCCCCACCUUUUCUGCCUUCAGGCAACGCACGCAGGGUGGUUAUUCACAGCCGCCGUCUUUU